AUGGCAAGUCUCAAAAUGAACAAGUUGGGAAAGGGUUCUGGAUUCAGGAGAAAUACCUGGUCUUGGCAACCAGCAACCACAACCCUGGGGCAACCAGCCCCAGCUCCAUCUGUGUCUCACAGCACCCAACCAAACAGAUCUGCCACCACACAACCGGCUACUCAGGCCUGGGCAGAUGAGCAGGCAGCACUGCAGCCAGACCAGGUCCAACAGGAUAAGAUCUGGAGAGAAUAUGUUGAGGCUGAACAGAGAGGAAGGCAAAUCUGCUAUCAGAACUGGAGUUUCCUUAAGUACUAUGACCAAAUGGGUAAGAGAAAGGAGCUGAAGCCACUGCCAAAUUAUAUGCCUGUGUUCUCAAGCAAAGUUCUCAGCCUGACCAAUCAAACAAUCAUCAGUCAAAUGAACACUGAGCUUGGCAGGGCUCUGGUUAUGGAUUAUUUCUACAGCGAUGGAGCACAAAAGGAGAAACUUGAGGGUGAGCUCCAACUUUCCUAGUGUUUCAGUAACAAUAAAACAGUAACAAACCAAGUUAA